CGCUCCGAGUGCGUCGCCAAGCUCGCGCUCGUGCCGUGCCAGCGCUGCCGUUCGUCGCCGUCACGAAACACUAAGAUAAACAGCAGUUCGAACUUUGACUCUUACCGUCGCGUGGAAAGCCCCAGCAAGUGGCGUGUUAUUUUAGAAAAGAAAAAUUAAAACGGAACAGGAAGUGGGUGGAUUUUUAACAGUGCUGGGCCAACCUGUCGGCGAAUGCCUGGACCGUAAUCUCCCCACGCUUGGCCGCGUGGGCGGUCGCCGCCAGCGGACGGACAGAGGGUCCCGCGGCGGCCGGUGCUGCCACUCCUAACCCCUGACCGCGCUGAGCGUGCCGGCGACGGCGCGCGGCCCGCACGGAGACCUGGAUGAGUUGGCGACCCUGUCGGCGGCCGUGGAGGCGCAGGCCAAGCAGGCCGCCAAGCAGGCCAAGGAGGAGGAGGACAAGCUAGCCGACAAGCUGGCCGACAAGCUGGCCGGCAGGCCCGAGGCGCACGAGGUGCGCACCAUGGACCUGGACGACAUCCUCCCCGACGUGGGCGAGUUCGGCGCGUACCAGCAGCUGCUGCUGUGGUUCGUCCUGCUGCCCGGCGUGCUGCCCUGCGGCUUCCACGCCUACAACCAGCUCUUCAUGGCGGCCAGCCCGCCGCACUGGUGCUACGUGCCCGAGCUGGACGCGCUCAACAUCAGCCAGGAGUGGGCCCGGAACCUCAGCGUCCCCGUGGAGGACCGCGGAGGCUUCUCCCAGUGCCGCAUGUACCGGCGCAACUACUCGCGCGUGGCCGCGGCCGCCAACCAGUCCCUGGCCGCGGAGUCAGACGACGGCACGCUGCCCUGCGAGCACGGCUACGCCUUCGACUACACCGAGUACUCCAACACCGUCGUCACCGAGUGGGACAUGGUGUGUGACCGGGACCACCACGCGUCCUUGGCGCUCGUCCUCCUCAGCGUGGGCGGCCUCAUCGGGAACUACGUGUUCGGAUACCUCCAGGACUCGAUCGGGCGUCGGCCGGCCUUCUUCAUCUACCUGCUCAUCGAGUGCGCCUUCGGCAUCGCCACCGCCUUCGCGCAGAACUUCCUCACCUGGACGGCCUUCCGGGUCGGCGUGGGCUUCACCGUGCCGGCCAUCAUGGGCACGCCCUACGUGCUGGCCAUCGAGCUGGUGGGGCCCUCCAAGCGGACGGCCGUGACCAUCCUCAGCAACAUCGCCUACUCCCUGGCCCUGGUGGCGCUGGCCGGCGUCGUCUACCUGGUGCGGGACUGGCGGCAGCUCGCCCUCGCCACCUCGGUGCCCUUCGUCACCUUCUUCCUGUACUGGUGGGUGCUCCCCGAAUCCCCGCGCUGGCUGCUGGCGCGCGGCCGCUUCCAGGAGGCCGAGGCCAUCCUGCGGCUGAUGGCACGCGUCAACGGGCGCGCUCUGCCGCCCAACUACUUGGCGCAGCUCAUGCGGAAGUUCCAGCUGGAGACGGCCCCGGCCCCGGUCACGUCGCUGGACCCGCAAAAGCAGCAGUACCAUGACCGUACCUACGGUGUGCUGGAUCUGGUGCGGACACCUAAUCUCAGAAGGAAGACGCUUAUCAUCACCUUCAUCUGGUUCACCAACACGAGCGUGUACGUGGGGCUGUCGUACUACGCGCCGGUGCUGGGCGGCGACGAGUUCCUCAACUUCUUCCUGGCCGGCGCCGUGGAGCUGCCCACCUACCUGUUCCUGUGGCCCGCCAUGCUGCGCUGGGGCCGGCGCGUGUCCCUGUGCGUCUCCAUGGUGGUGGGCGGCACCGCCUGCCUCGCCACCGUGCUCGUGCAGAACGACCCCACGGUGACGCUGGCGCUGUACUGCGUGGGCAAGAUGGGCAUCUCGUCGUCCUUCGUGGUGGUGCCGCUCAUGGCCAGCGAGCUGUACCCGACCGUGGUUCGCGGCCUGGGCAUGUCCACGUCGUCCGUCGUCGGCAUGCUGGGGCCCAUCUGCAUUCCCCUCGUCAACUACCUGGGCGCGGACAUGCUGGUGCUGCCGCUGCUGGUGAUGGGCGCGCUGCUGGUGGCUGGCGGCGCGUGCUCUCUGCUGCUGCCCGAGACGCUCAACCAGCACCUGCCGCAGACACUGGAGGACGGCGAGCGCUUCGGCCGCGACCACAUGCCGUGCUGCACCUCCAGAGUGGCGGACUCGGCGAUGCAGAACACAAAAGGCACCCUGGGCGGCACACUGGGCGGCGGCGUGAAAGACGCGGGCGCGGCCAACCUCGCCGACUCCCCGUCGAGCAGAAUGGGGCCGGACUCGACGCCGAACGCCACGGACGCGACGUCGUCCACGGACGUGGCCUCGGACACCACCGGCCCCCACUCCGUCAGCGUGUCGGCCGUAUGACGGCCGGCGAUGAACGGCCGGCCCCCGUUCACGCGCGCACCA